AUGGCCACGGUCCCCAAGAGCAACAUGGGGCCUACCAAGGCGAUUCCCACCCCAUUUGGCUGCAUUGGCUGUAAGCUGCCAAAGCCUGACUACCCACCAGCGCUAAUCACCUUCAUGUUCUGCACAAUGGUCAUCACCGUUGCUGUAGACCUGAUUGGCAACUCCAUGGUCAUUUUUGCUGUGUUCAAGAACAAGAAGCUCCGAAAUUCUGGCAACAUCUUUGUGGCCAGCCUCUCUGUGGCAGACAUGCUGGUGGCCAUCUACCCCUACCCUCUGAUGCUGUAUUCCAUGUCAGUUGGGGGCUGGGAUCUGAGUCCACUCCAGUGCCAGAUGGUCGGGUUGAUCACAGGACUGAGUGUAGUUGGUUCUAUCUUCAACAUCACGGCCAUUGCCAUCAACCGUUUCUGCUACAUCUGCCACAGCCUCCAAUACAAACGAAUCUUCAGUCUGCGCAAUACUUGGAUCUACCUAGUCAUCACCUGGAUCAUGACUGUCCUGGCUGUCCUGCCUAACGUGUACAUUGGCAACAUUGAGUAUGAUCCUCGCACUUACACCUGUAUCUUCAACUAUGUGAACAACCCUGCUUUCACUGUGACCAUUGUCAGCAUCCACUUCGUCCUCCCUCUCAUCAUAGUGGGUUAUUGCUACGUCAAAAUCUGGAUCAAAGUACUGGCAGCCCGUGACCCAGCUGGACAGAAUCCUGACAACCAGUUUGCUGAUGUUCGAAAUUUUCUAACCAUGUUUGUGAUCUUCCUCCUUUUUGCAGUGUGCUGGUGCCCUAUCAAUGUGCUCACUGUGUUGGUGGCUGUCAGUCCAAAGGGGAUGGCAGACAAGAUCCCUAACUGGCUUUAUCUUGCAGCCUAUUGCAUAGCUUACUUCAACAGCUGCCUCAAUGCUGUCAUCUAUGGUAUCCUCAAUGAGAGUUUCCGGCGAGAAUACUGGGCCAUCUUCCAUGCUAUGAGGCACCCUAUCCUGUUCAUCUCUCAACUCAUCGCUGAUAUUCGGGAGGCUCGAGAGACCCGAGCUCUCACUCGUGCCCGUGAGCAAGCCCGCGAUCAAGCCCGGGAGCAAGAGCGUGCACGCGCCCGGCUUGCUGUGGAGGGAACCCCGCGGAACGUCCGGAAUGUUUUAUUGCCUGGUGACGCAGCAGCAUCCCGCUCUGAUCGCGCCUCCUCUGUCCAUCCCAAGGUCCAAACCAGGUCUACUUCUGCCUACCGCAAACCUGCCUCUAUUCAUCACAAGUCUAUUUCUGGUCACCCCAAGUCUGCCUCUGUUUACCCUAAGCCAGGGUCCUCUGCCCAUUUCAAGCCUGCAUCUGUUCAUUUCAAACCCACCUCUGUCCAUUUCAAGGGAGACUCUGUCUAUUUCAAGGGAGACUCUGUCCAUUUCAGGGCUGCCUCUAAACUUGUCACCAGUCACCGUCACCGUAUCUCUGCUGGUUCUUCCACUGGCCAACGUACAUCCACGGUUGCCUACAUUAAACCUGCUACCAGCCACUCUGCAACUACCACUGUUGACUAUCUUGAGCCUGCCACCACCAGCCAUUCUGUGCUCACUGCUGUUGACCUCCCUGAGAUUUCAGCCUCCCAUUGCCUUGAGAUGACCACCACUGGCCACCUCAAACCUGACAUUACUGCCCCCAACUUUCCCACCGUAUCCCUUGAGCCUGCUGCCACCUCUGCCACCCCUCCUGACUCCACUGUAAUCCCCAUAGCCACUGAUGAUUACCGCAAGGUUGUGCUUAUUGAUGACGAUUCUGAUGAUUCUGAUUGUUCUGAUGAGAUGGCUGUGUGAAAAGUGUUCUUUUCAGUCUUUCCAGCUUAUGCAGU